AUGGAGCUGUACUUAGAUGUUCAUGUGCAUAUUUGUAAUUUGGCUGCACAAACUGGUGUUACACGCUUUUUACAAAUACAUGAUAAAUGGAUGUAUAAUAAAACUGAAGGCAUAGAAAAAGAUUUCAACGCGUUGAGCACAUCCAACUUUACCCAUCUGAUCUCAGAAAUAUCAUCCAUUGAUGACGAAGAAGAUGUGAAUCAAAGGCUGCUGUCGUCUUCUUUUAAGCGACUUUAUCAAGUAAACUCUUUCAACGGGAUACAAUUUCAUUUCAAUUGGAAGCAAACGUACAGAUUGCUUGAAUUCAAAAGUGUUCCACGACUGUUUAUCUAUGAAAGAAUUAAUUUCACCAAAAAUUAA